AUGGAAAACUACACCUACAACAGUUUGGUGCUACAGCUGGAGAGACUAAAUAUCUCUGAGGAUUACGUUCAUGCCGUCUUUGUCAUUGUCUUUUUCACCUUUGUGUUUAUUAUGGUGGCAAACGCAGGCAUCACACUUCUGAUAUUUAUCAAUAAGAACCUUCACCAGCCCAUGUUUCUGCUUUACUGUAACCUGUCACUAAACGACAUCCUGGGAAACUGUGUCAUGAUACCACGUUUACUCUCAGACAUGUUGAUGUCCACAUCUGAACGCUUCAUUGAUUUUCACGAGUGUGUCGUCCAAGCAUUCUUUUUACAUUUAUGCGCAACUACUGCUCAAACUGUGCUCAUGAUUAUGGCUUUUGACAGAUACGUGGCCAUCUGUAAUCCUCUUCACUUCACCACCAUCAUGACCAGUAAGAUGGUGUGGAAGCUGUCACUCUCUGCCUGGGGAGUGGGUUUUGUUCUGGUCGGGAUUCUGAUCGGUCUGUCCGUCCGACUCAACAGAUGCAGGACUCUGAUCACAAAUCUUUACUGUGACAACGCCUCUUUCAAACUAUCCUGUGACAGCGUCUUCAAAGUCCUUAAUCCCCUAUAUAAAUGCAGUCCAUUUACUUUCACUCAUCAGUUCAUGUCAUCAUAA